AGAAACAAAAGAAACGAAAGAACAAAGGAUAAUGUCAUUCUUCUUCCUUUUCUUCAUCUCCUUUCCGUAUGAGUCCUUCUUCUCCUCCUACCGCUUUCAUGAAGCGGGCACCGCCGCGGCCGUGACGCGGUCAUCAUCGUCCUUAAAAACACCAACAACCCCAACAUGCCUCCUCAGAUGCCAUACCAGGUAUUUUCUGUCUAGAGAGAGAACUGUGAUUCAUGUGAAAGGCUGUUUAUUAUUAGUGGCAGACUUGUAUAUAUCUGGAGUUGAAAGGUUGCUUAGUGUCCUGUUCCUGUUGGCCACCCAACAGGGACUUGUUAUUAAAAAGUUUAUAGCCAAAAUACUUUGAAAAAUAUGUCAAAGUUUGGAGGUGGCAACAGAGAGUCACUCUGUCAAAAAAAAAAUUCAGAUUCUUUUAGUGAUUCAUGGUUUUGAGGUUAGUCCCUUUUGAUUGGUUUUCUUUAUCUAUUUUGAUAGUUUGCCUCAUUUGUCCUCUUCAUAUCACUUUUCCCUUUUCUCCUCCAUCUUCCUGAUCUUAUUGGAUUGAUUGGCUUUUCCUCUUUUUGACCACUUACCAUGCAUAUCCCAUCUCCCUUUCUUUCCUCAUUCCAAAUCCCAUGUCAAUCUUAAUUACAUUCUCCAUUUCCUUCAACUUCCCCUAUAUAUUCCCCUGAUCAUACUAGAGACAUAAUUCGAAUUCAAACAGUGGUUUACCAUAUAUAUAUAUAUAUUUUCCAUGCCUCUCUCUUCUGCCUUGUUACUAAUUCGGUGAACCGGUGAUCGGAGACAUUCUAGUCCGGCUGAGAGAGCCUGCUCAUGAUUGAUUGAAGAUCAAAUGGAGAAACCACUUGCCGGAAAGUGCCACAAAGAAGUCUGGUUUGGCAUACUAAUCUCCUUUGUUUUGUGCUUUACCAUUCUUUGCUUUGAUUAUUCAACGUCAAAAUUGGGCGUAUACAAUGGGGUCAAUCUCUUAGUCAGACGUGUUCAUCCAUACAUCACCAGAGAUUCGUGUUACGGACGUUACAUUUAUGUUCAUGAUGAUCUUCCUGCCAAGUUCAACGAUGAUCUCCUCAAAAACUGCCAGAAUCUUACUACAGGGAGCAAGCCUAAGAAUAGUGACACACAAAAUAUGUGUCCUUAUAUCGUGAAUUUGGGGCUUGGUCCUGAGAUUGAGGAACCAGAAGGGGUUUUAGCUAACGAGAGUUGGUUCAUCACAAAUCCCUACUUGUUAGAAGUCAUAUUCCACAACAAGAUGAAGCAGUACAAGUGUUUGACAAACAACUCCAAUCAGGCUUCAGCCAUUUAUGUACCAUCCUAUGUUGGCCUUGAUGCCAGCCUCCAUCUGUGGGAUUUUAACCUCACGGUGAGAGACUAUUCGGCCAAAGAUCUCGUGGGAUGGCUUUCGGGCAAGCCCGAAUGGAAGAAAAUGUGGGGGAGAGAUCAUUUCAUGGUUGCUGGGAGGACUUCUUGGGACUUCAGGAGGCAAAAGGAGAAUAGUUCUGAUUGGGGUACUAAUCUCAGGUUUUUGCCAGAGUCCAUGAACAUGAGUAUGUUAUCUGUUGAAGGAAGCCUUUGGAAAAAUGACUUUGCCAUACCAUACCCCACAAAUUUCCAUCCUGCAAAUGACAGUGACGUGGUUCAAUGGCAGAACAGAGUCAGAAGCCAAAAGAGGCCUUUCUUGUUCACUUUUGUUGGUGCGCCAAGGCCUGACAUGAAAGAUUCAAUCCGGGGCAAGCUUAUUGAUCAGUGCCAAGCUUCAAGCAACUGCAAGUUCUUACAUUGUGGUUCUUCUGGGAUUAAUUGUAACAACCCGGUUACUGUUAUGAGGGUGUUUGAGAGCUCUGUUUAUUGCUUGCAGCCUCCAGGGGAUUCACACACUAGAAGAUCAACUUUCGACUCGUUUCUGGCAGGCUGCAUUCCGGUUUUCUUUCAUCCAGCAACUGCGUAUACGCAGUAUUUGUGGCAUUUACCGGAGAAUCAUACCAAGUAUUCGGUGUUUAUUCCAGUGAAAGAAGUUGAAGAUUUGAAAGAAGGCAUCAUUGAGAAAACUUUGCUUGGAAUUUCGAAGCUUGAGGAAUUGGCCAUGAGAGAGGAGGUUAUAAGGCUAAUACCAAAUCUGGUAUAUGCAGAUCCCAGUUCAGGAUUAGAGACCAAAGACGCAUUUGAUUUAGCUGUACAGGGAAUUCUAGAGAGGAUAGAGAAUGUUAGGGAGGUUACUACAGAGGGGAAGGAUCCUAGUAUUGGUUUUGCAGAUGAGGAUAAUUUUAAGUUUACAUUUCCUGAGACACCAGAAUAAACUUGGUAGAUUGUGUUUAGAGAACAAAAAGAGAUAGAAGAAUAUUGCAGGAUAUUGAAAUUCAUCAAACUAUAAUUAUUUCCAUUUGAUUGUAGAAAUGUUAUAUGAGACAAUGCCAGUUCUUUA